UUUGGAGUACUGUUCACUGCAUUCACGCAUUCAUUGAGUGUCUGAUUGCCUGACGAGUCAUUCAGUGCAUUGUCUCGAAGCUAACCAUUGAUUGAGUGCAAGUGAUGGAUGUGUCAGUCGGGAAGCCCAAGAUCAUGAGGUGUCACAUAACGCACGUGUGUGUCAGUGGGCGUCGAGUGGAAGUGUGGGCGCAAUCAGAUGUCAUGAGUUGUCUUCGUGUGGAGAGACAACUGACGGCAUAUCACAAACACUUGAGUGACUCGUUCGCCGCCACAUCACUCGAGCAAAGACCAGCUCUGGAGCCAAAUGUUGGCGACUUCUACCUCACGCGUCUGACGAAUGACUUGCACUUCGCGAGGGUUGUGGUGACGGAUGUGGACGUGGAGUCGAGUCGGGCGCAGGUGUUGGCCAUGGAUUUCGGCACAGAAGAGUCGGUGCCAUUCAAGCAUUUAGUCUCAUUUGACAGACUCUUCACUGAGCCAUCGCUGGCACACAAAUACUAUUUGGCAGACAUUACUCCCAAAGACAAGGAAUGGGAUUCAGAAAGAGUUCGCAAGUGUCUGAAGCCCUAUAUCUUCGGUAACUAUCUGUGCGAAGUGGUGAAGAUCACCAAAAACACUGAAUGUGUCCGCAUUUACGACCAGUUGUUUGAACAGCCAUUGGUUAGGGAUCUCAUCAAACAAUGCGCUGGAGUUGUCUCUUACGACACAUCCACUGAUCACUUGGAGGCCAUUGAUCUGACGAUCACCAAAAACACUGAAUGUGUCCGCAUUUACGACCAAUUGUUUGAACAGCCAUUGGUUAGGGAUCUCAUCAAACAAUGCGCUGGAGUUGUCUCUUACGACACAUCCACUGAUCACUUGGAGGCCAUUGAUCUGACGGUUAAUUGCGAUGACAUUAAUGAUAAGUCAAACCCUCUAAGAGUUUACAACAAAUACGACUCGGAAGUAGUGGUGAAAUACCUGAAAGCGAACUCAAGUGAUAUGAAACCAAUGGACAAAAGCAGUCGUAAAGCGGAUACAAAGCGUGCAAUUGUAGGACAGAUUGGAUCUCAAAUGAAUGGCGAUAUUCCCGGCACCGAUAAGUGUGCCUUAAAUGUCGAAAGCAUUCCCAAAGAGCCUUUGAAUGGCUUUGAAGGCCAUAAGCCGGCCGUUGAUCUCAAAGUGAAUGAAACGGAACCCGUCGUUGAGUCGGACGUUGGCACUGAAGACUCGAAUGGCCUUAAAGGUGAUUCAAGUGAUGAGAAUGUGGACCAAAUUGCCGCUAAAGUGGACACAUUUGAGCCACAAUUGGAAACAAUUGAUCUGAAAAUAAACACAAAUAACGAAAAAGUGGAUGAAAUUGAAGCUAAAGAGGACACUAUUGAAGAAAAUAAAGAUACAAAUAAGUCAACUGUAGAGACAAUGGACUCGAAUUUGAACGAAAUUGAACCCAUAGUUGAGACAAUUGACCACAAAGUGAAUGGAAAUUCGCUUAAAGUGGAUGAUCUGUCGGGGGAUACAAGAGAUUCUUGCAAUAAGACAUUGGAUUCUCGUGAUUGCAAACAAGUGGACACCACUAACGAUACUAGCAAUUUGGCCGACAAUUCAAGUCUUAACGAAAGCAAUGGUAAACCUCACGUCAAUAUCAAUGAUUUGGAAGCUUUAGUCUUAACUCAGAAAGAAAUCUAUGUGUCGUGCGGUCAUAGUAUUAAGUCAUUUCACUGUCAGUUGUCCUCCAAAUUCGAUGACAUAACGUGUUUGUCGUCACUUAUGACAGACUUCUAUAAUAGGAUUAAGAAUUCGAGCGAAUGUUCUCUCAAUUUAAAGGCAUUGGCCAUCAAUGACAUAAUCGCCUCGCAAUACAGUGAGGAUCAGCUCUGGUACAGAGCAGCGGUCAAAGCGAUUGAUGGCAACAAAUUGGAUGUCCUUUACAUUGAUUACGGAAAUGACGAGACCGUGGAUGUCUCGAAAUGCAAGGCAUUGGCCCCACAAUUCCAAGCAAUGAAACCCCAGGCCUACCUCUGCUCUCUCGUCGAUGAUAUACCACAGGAAAGACUCCAUAAAGUAGACUCCAAAGUUAGACCAAUUUCUGAAACCCGGCCCAAACCCUUAGUGUUCUUCAAACGGGAAGCCCGACCCGGCCCUUAA